GGGACAGCUUCAAACCUGGCAACCCUGCCGCCCUUUACCGCAGGUGGUGAGCGCGCGCUGCCGCAGAGAGACAGACAGGAGGAGGAGCAGCGACCUGCAGGAGAGGCUCCGAGAAGCGAAAGCAGUCAUUCACACAGGCUCCCCUCAUCUACAGAGACCCAGCGCCAAACAGGAAGUACAUUUCAAACUUUCCCAUAACAUGGACGACUGGGAAGAAGCGGAAACGACCGUCGGCCUGUCAAGCUCCGCCCCUAGCAACGGUUCGUGGAACGAAGGUUCAUUGAACGGCGAACACAGCGACUCCGGAAGAGGUCGUGGCGGGCGAGGAAGAGGCUUCAGGAACUCGUUCAGCUCAGACGGAUCCGGCUGGAGCCGUAAAGCGGACGGCGAGAGGGAAGGCUUCAAAGGAAGAGGCUUCGGCAGGAGCUUCUCCGAUAAUUCUCCUGGAGACGCUGAUGGAUCCCAGGAAAACGGGUUCAGAGGGCGAGGAAGAGGAGGAAGAGGCGGCUUCAGACAAGAUGGCGGCCGAGGGAGAAGAGGAGGAGGACGAGGCGGCUUCGGUGGAGGCUACCGCGUGGAAGAUGAUGAGGUCAUCAGUCGAGGAGAAGACAAAGAUCCAGAGAAGAAAGAGGACGCUGAUGGUGACAAACCCAAAGUGACGUACAUCCCUCCCUCCCUUCCCGAGGACGAGGAGUCGAUCUUCGCCCACUACGAGAGCGGCAUCAACUUCAACAAGUACGACGACAUCCUGGUGGAAAUCAGCGGUAGCGACUCGCCCGCAGCGUUCAUGAGCUUCGAUGAGGCCAACCUGUGCGAGACCCUCCGGAAGAACAUCAGCAAGUCGGGGUACGUGAAGCCGACGCCGGUGCAGAAGCACAGCAUCCCCAUCAUCGCUGCCGGCAGAGACCUGAUGGCCUGCGCCCAGACGGGCUCCGGGAAGACGGCCGCCUUCCUGCUGCCCAUCCUGCAGCAGCUGAUGGCGGACGGCGUGGCGGCCAGCCACUUCAGCGAGACGCAGGAACCAGAGGUCAUCAUUGUGGCGCCCACCAGAGAGCUCAUCAACCAGAUCUACCUGGAGGCGCGGAAAUUUGCCUAUGGGACUUGCGUGCGACCCGUGGUGGUCUACGGCGGCGUCAGCACCGGCUACCAGAUCAAGGACAUCAUCAGGGGCUGUAACGUCCUUUGCGGGACGCCGGGACGCCUGCUGGACAUGAUCGGGAGAGGAAAGGUCGGGCUGACCAAGGUCCGCUACCUGGUUCUGGACGAGGCCGACCGGAUGCUGGACAUGGGCUUCGAGCCGGAAAUGCGUCGCCUGGUGGGCUCGCCUGGGAUGCCGGCCAAGGAGCAGAGGCAGACGCUGAUGUUCAGCGCCACCUUCCCAGAGGACAUCCAGAGGCUGGCCGCCGACUUCCUGAGGACAGACUACCUCUUCCUGGCCGUGGGGAUCGUGGGCGGAGCCUGCAGCGACGUGGAGCAGACGAUAAUUGAAGUGGACAAGUUCGCCAAGAGGGAGCGGCUGCUGGAUCUGCUGCGAACUACCGGAACGGAGAGAACCAUGGUGUUUGUGGAGACCAAGCGGCAGGCGGAUUUCAUCGCCACCUUCCUGUGUCAGGAGAAGGUUCCCACCACCAGCAUCCACGGAGACCGGGAGCAGCGGGAACGGGAGCUGGCUCUGGCGGACUUCCGCAGCGGGAAGUGUCCCGUCCUGGUGGCCACCUCGGUCGCCGCCCGCGGCCUGGACAUCCCGGACGUCCAGCACGUGGUGAACUUUGACCUUCCCAAAACCAUCGACGACUACGUCCACCGCAUCGGCAGAACGGGCCGCUGCGGCAACGUGGGGAAGGCGGUGUCGUUCUUCAACCCGGACGAAGAUCAGCAGCUGGCUCCGGCGCUGGUGUCCAUCUUGUCCAAGGCGCAGCAGGAGGUGCCGUCCUGGCUGGAGGAGUCGGCUUCAGGCAGUCGAGGGAACAGCGGCUUCAGUUCCUCCAAGACCUUCGGCUCCACAGACUCCAGAAAGACCAACUCGCUGCAGGGGAGCGCUCCGAGCCAGCCGGCCGCAGCUGACGACGACGACUGGGAAUGAGGCGGACUGGGAAUGAGGCGGCUGUUUGUUUGGUUUGGUUUGGUUGAGUUUGUUUAAAACCGUUGAUCGGCUUUGCAUGCAUCCUGAUUUAUCGUUUAUUUUCUUUGUUUCUGUUGUUUUUUUUACCAUUGAGGAGAAACGUCUGAGUGUUUGAAGUGUUUGUUGUUAAUCUCCUGAAUUAAAUGGUAAACGGCUGAAA